AUGCAGGAGCUACGCCACAGAGUCCAAAAUCUGGAGAGACAACUAGCCGAUCAGGAGCACGAUCGACGGACCACCGAUCCUACUUACUCCCCGUCCCCAGAGAGCCGGGAGAGAGAUUCCCACCGGAGUCACCCCUGGCACGCCUCCGCUUCCAGAACGGAAGUGGAAAGCACCCGAGAAGACUCUCCCAUCCCGAGAAGACGAAAUGACACAAUCAUCUACUCCCGAGGCAAGGAAACACGCCACAAGGGACGAGAUCACGAAGGCGAAGAAGGAAGGCAUGUGAGGAUGCGGCAACCUGUGAUAAUGGGCGCCACCCCGUUCCAUCGGUCCAUCCUUGAGGUCCGGUUGCUGAAGCACUUUGACAAACUAACGGACAUGAGGUACGAUGGAACCCAAGACCCUCUGGAACACCUCACGGCUUUUGAGGCUAGAAUGAAUCUGGAGGGAGUAGGGAAUGAGGUGAGGUGUCGGGCCUUCCCGGUCACCCUAGCCGAACCUGCGAUCCGAUGGUUUAACAGCCUCCCGCAAGGGUCCAUCUAUGAGUUUUUGGACAUCAGUCGUGCUUUCUUGGCUCAAUUCACAACACGAAUAGUGAAGGCAAAACACCCGAUCAACCUGCUCGGGAUAAUCCAAAGGCCCGGGGAGCCGACCAGGAAAUACCUGGACCGCUUCAACGACGAAUGCUUAGAAAUUGACAGCCUAACCGAUUCGGUGGCCAGCCUCUAUCUGAUGACCGGCCUCCUGAACGAGGACUUUCGAAAAUAUCUCACCACGAAACCGGUUUGGAUGAUGCACGAAAUCCAAACGGUGGCUAAGGAAUACCUAAAUGACGAGGAAGUUAGCCAGGUCGUGGCUGCCAAUAAACGGCACAACGGCUACAAUCAACUGAGGCAACAGGGUAAUGGAGAGAGGCAGAAAGAACAAGUUAAAGAAGGAGGGCCAAGCAAGGCACCCAGACUGUUUUCCCGAAUCGGAAAGUUCACAAACUACACUCCACUCACUCUCCCCAUCAUGGAAGUUUACCAGCAAAUAGCCAAGAAAGGGAUCUUGUUGAAGCACCGACCACUCAAAGACCGCACGGGGGGAAACAAGAACCUCUACUGUGACUACCACAAGGGCUAUGGACACCAAACACAGGACUGCUUUGACCUGAGAGAUGCAUUAGAGCAAGCCAUAAGAGACGGUAAACUCUCAGAAUUCUCCUAUCUUAUAAGGGAACCGAGGAGGCAACCGAUCUCUAAUCCAAGGAAUGAUGAAGGAGCCGGCAGUCACCCUGCACCUCUCGAAGCUAAGCCCCUCAUGGUUGGACCCCAUCACCGACUUCUUAGAAAAUGA